AUGCGAGAAUCCGUCUGCCACAGAAACACAAUCGCAGAGGCUCUUAUCCAGAGCAACGACCAGUUGAGCUGUUCGAUCUGUCUGGAUCUACUGAAGGAUCCGAUGACUAUUCCCUGUGGACACAGUUACUGUAUUGGCUGUAUUAAGGGCUGCUGGGAUCAGGAUGAUCAUACUGGUGUCUACAGCUGUCCCCAGUGCAGAGAGACCUUCACCCCAAGGCCUGUUUUAAGAAAAAACACCAUGCUGGCUGAAGUGGUGGAGAAACUGAAGAAGACAGGACUCCAAGCUGCUCCUCCUGCUCACUGUUACGCUGGACCUGGAGACGUGGCAUGUGAUAUCUGCACUGGGAGAAAGCGCAAAGCCAUCAAGUCCUGUCUGGUGUGUCUGGCCUCUUACUGUGAAACUCACCUCAAACUUCACAAUGAGCUUCACCCAGGAAACGCACAUAUUGUCAUCAAUGCUACUGGACACCUGCAGGACAAUAUUUGCCGUCAGCAUAAAAAACUGUUGGAGAUUUACUGUCGUACUGAUCAGCAAUGUAUCUGUUAUCUGUGUACAAUGGAUGAACACAGAGGCCAUGAUACAGUCUCAGCUGCAGCAGAAAGGACUGAGAAACAGAAGCAGCUGGGUGAAUUCCAGAGUGAAUUCCAGCAGGGAAUCCAGGAGAGAGAGAAGGAGCUGCAGGAUCUGAGACAGGCUGUGCAGUCACUCAAGAGCUCUGCACAGGCAGCAGUGGAGGACAGUGAGAGGAUCUUUACUGAGAUGAUCCGCUCCAUUGAGAGAAGGUGCUCUGAGGUGAAAGAGCUGAUCAGAGAUCAGGAGAAGGCUGAAGUGAGUCGGGCUGAAGGACUCCUGGAGCGACUGGAGCAGGAGAUUGCUGAGCUGAGGAGGAGAGACACUGAGCUGGAGCAGCUUUCACACACAGAGGAUCACAUCCAUUUCCUCCAGAGCUGUCAGUCUGUCUGUGCCCCUCCUGGACCUGGAGACUUACCCAGCAUCACUGUCAGUCCACACGUCUCUUUUGAGGCUGUGAGGAAAUCUGUCUCUGAGCUGAAAGAGCGACUGGAGGACGUCUUCAAGGUGGAACUGGUCAAAAUCUCGGAAUCAGUGAAAGAAGUUCCAUCUGCAGAGCCCAGGACCAGAGAGGAUUUCUUACAGUAUUCCUGUCAGCUCACACUGGACCCCAACACAGCGUAUAACCUGUUCCGUCUGUCUGAGGGGAACAGAGAGGUGACCCGUGUGAGAGAGAUCCAGUCAUACCCUGAUCAUCCAGAAAGAUUUGACUACUGGUUACAGGUGCUGUGCAGAGAGGGUCUGUCUGGACGCUGUUACUGGGAGGCUGAGUGGAGUGGAGAUGGUGUGGUUCAUAUAGCAGUGUCAUAUAAAGACAUCAGCAGGAAAGGAAAGGGUGAUGACUCUCGUUUGGGAUUUAAUAACAAGUCCUGGAGAUUGUCCACUCCCUCCAGUCACUAUUUCUGGCACAAUAAAGAGAGCACUGAAAUUCCUGUUCCCUCUACCUCCAGAAUAGGAGUGUACCUGGAUCACAGGGCAGGAACUCUGUCCUUCUACAGCGUCUCUGACACCAUGACCCUCCUGCACAGAGUCCAGACCACAUUCACUCAGCCCCUCUACCCUGGGUUUGGGAUUUAUAGUCAUGGAUCCUCUGUAAAACUCAGUGAUCUGGGAUGA